AUGGCUACUAAUAUCCCUAACGAAAUUUUGCAAGCUAUAUUUAAAUUUGUUGAUGCUAAAGAGGAACGUGAUUAUGGUACUUUAUUUAAUUGUGCUUUGGUCAACCGACAGUGGUGUAACAAUGCGAUUCCUAUACUGUGGCAAGAUCCCUUUUACGGAGAAAAAAGUGAUAAUGUGAUAAAGACAUUGUUGUCAUUUCUUGAUAAUGAUCAAUUACAACAACUUGAUUCAAUUAGAAAUAAAAUACCUCUUAUUGAAAAUAAAAAGUUUGACUAUCCCUCCUUUAUUCGGCAUUUAAAUUUAAACUUUAUCUGGGAAUCUCUUUACGAGUUGUAUUCACCCGCAUCUCCAGAAUCAGCUGAUACCACUGAUACCGCAGAUUCGAAAAAUACGCAGCCUUCUUCUAGCGAUCAAAGCUUGACUAAUGAAAUUGAAUUAACGUUUACAGUACUUUUGAAAAUGCUAGCUCGAAAAAUUACCAAUGUGAGAAAAUUUCAUAUUAACUUUAAGCUUCAUUCUUGCACUCAGGAUGAAGUUUCCAAAGGCGACAUAAAAAACAAUAUUUUGAAACUUUUAUUGCAACCGGAAAUCAGUGAUCUUUUAAGAUUUACAACUGAAUUACGUUGGUUUCAAACAAAGCCUUACAAAGGUUACUUUGUUGAACUUGCCGGGAUCUGUUCAAAUUUGGAAAAAUUAAUCAUCAGUCUUGGCAAUUUCGAUGAAAGUCAAAUUGACGAUGCUACUGAAUUUAUUAGGUCACAAACGCAUUUAAAAGAGUUGGAAAUUUUUAAUUGUAAUUCUGAUUUUUAUGGAUGUGGGCCAUUAACUAGCUUAACCAAAUGUGAAAAUUUAAGGCACUUGUCUUUCCGUUAUUGUACAUAUAUUCAAAAAGAGAUGUGUAGUCCUUUGUUUGCUGCUAAUUUUCCUAAGCUUAAAAAGGUUGAAGCACCUUUCACUUCAUGCCCAGUACUUGAAGAAUGGGCUAAAAAUUAUUCCAAGUAA